AUGAGUGAUAGAGCAGGACUAUACGAUAUCUCUAAACCGCGUUUUGACCUCUCAUCUUACGGUGGUCGACUUGCUUAUUUCUAUUCUACUACAUCCCCACUUACACUCCUCGCAUCUUCCAAUCAACUUGAACAAGCUCAAAAAGAUGUCAACCACUUUGAAAGUAAAAUUAAGGAGAGUGGAAGAGAAGGAUAUUGGGUAAAUGAACAACAGAAACAAGCUUACGAUCAUGCUAAGCAGUUGGUAAAUUCUUCAAUUCACCCAGAUACAGGUAAACCAGUACCUUUACCUUUCAGGAUGUCAGCUUUCGUACCUACCAAUUUGAUAAUAUGUGCGGGUAUGCUUAUGCCUAAUCCAAGUUUGAAAAGCGUGAUAUUCUGGCAAUGGGCAAAUCAAACUCUGAAUGUAGCUGUGAACUUCAGUAAUGCCAACAAAUCAAUCGAGAUGACUCCCCAAGAAAUCGGAACUGCCUAUGUCGCUGCUACAUUCACUUCUGUCGCUCUCGCCGUGUCCCUCAGUCGACUCGUUCCUCGAUUGAGAGUUUCAGCAGCUACUAAAGAUAUAUUGGGUAAAUUGGUUCCUUUCGCCAGUGUAGCUUCAGCAGGUGUAGUCAAUAUCUCCUGCAUUCGAUGGAAAGAGAUGAGAGAUGGCGUAGAAGUGUUCAAAAUCAAGAAAGAUCCCGUUGGCGGUCAGGAAGAGAAACAAGUUCUUGGUAAAUCACCUAAAGCAGGUCAAAUGGCAGUUAUGCAAAGUGCUGCUAGUAGAGUAUUCACCAAUGUACCAACACUCAUUAUACCUCCAAUGGUAAUGACACUCUUGACUAGACGCGGAGCUUUCUCAGGUCCCCGAGGUGGAAUAGCAUCCAGCUUAACUCAACUCACUCUGAUCGGUUUAUCAUUAGGUCUUUUCUUGCCUCCUGCGAUAGCUUAUUUCCCUCAAAAAGCAGAAACGAAUCCUGCUAAAUUAGAAAGUAGAUUCAAGGAGUAUGAAGGUCCUGUUUAUUUCAAUAAGGGAUUAUAG